GCUUGAGACCUUGGGCAGCGAGGGAGGAACAAUCAGGAUUAACCAAAUUAAUAAAUUAUUAUCAAUUGUCCAAAUGGAGACCAUUCACGAGAUCAUCCCAUUGGCCAAGGAGAUGUGGAGCCAGAAGCCCAGCCGGCGGCUGGUGAAGGUGUACCUGCUGGGAGGCGCGGUGGCCUUCCUCGGGGUGGCGCUGGGCCUGGUGGAGACGGUUUGCCAGCCCUUCUCAGCCGAGGAGCCCCUGGAGGAGGAGCUGGCCAGGCUGGAGGAGCGUGAGCAGCGUCUGCUGGAGGCCCAGAAGCAGAGGGGGAGGACAGAGGAGACCGUGCUGGAGAGUGGGGAGGCCCAGCCCAGGAAGAAGCAGCACCAGGCAAUGGCUGGGCAGAGGAGCUCGGCCAACAGACUGCAUGCAUCCUAAACAUAUGCCCCCAUGUAUUUAUUGAGGAACGGUAGAUAUUUACCAUGCAAUACAUGCACCCAAAGAAGU